GCCCCCUCUGUCUGUAGAUAUUUGGAUUAGAUAGAGGUUUUUCCUGUUUGGGGAUGUAAGCUUAGAAAAUGGCCUUUUCUUUAUCUUCUUUGAAGGCUUCUACUGCUCUACACAGUUGGGCAGCUUCAGGUUCUGAGCAAGUCUUCGCAGGAUAUCCCAGGCCAUCCUCUCUUGUUCUGCCGCGUCACUCUUUUGUUAACUCUGUCAUCGCCUUCUCUCGCCGUCGAAACAAUAACUCUCCAAUCUCAAAGAAAAAGAAGAAAAGUUCUUCUGUUGAGGUUACAAGGGAGGAGGAAGAUGAUAUGGAUGAUGAUGCCUUUGAGGCACUAUUCAACAUGUUGGAAGAAGACCUAAAAAAUGAAGGAUCAUACAUAGAUGGUGAUGAUGAUGAUAUAAGUGAGGAAGAUUUUGAUAAACUUCAACGUGCUUUAGAGGAGGCACUAGGAGUUGGUGAUGAUGAUGAUAGUGGAGAAAUACUUAAUUCAGGAGAAGAUGAAGAUGAAGAUGAAGAUGAAGAUGAGGAUGAAAAUGAAGAUGAUGAUAACGACGAUGGAGAUGUCGACGAUAUCAAAGAUAUCAAAGAAGAUGAUGAGGAAGAGGAAGGCGAGGACAAGGAGGAAAAACCAGUAAAGCUUAAGAAUUGGCAGCUUCGAAGGCUGGCUCGUGCUUUAAAAACUGGACGCCGCAAAACUAGUAUAAAAGGCCUUGCUGCUGAGGUUUGUCUUGAUAGAGCCAUUGUUCUUGAGUUGCUUCGUGACCCUCCCCCAAAUCUUGUUUUGAUGAGUGCUGCUUUGCCUGAUGAACCUGCACCAACACCAAUAGUGCCAACAUUGCCACAAGCUAAACCAAUUGAAGUCAUUCCUACAGAUACAAAAAUUGUGGAUGAUGUGAAAUCUGAGAGUGGCAAAAAAGUACCAGUUCAUGUUAUGCAACACAGAUGGUAUGCUCAAAAGAGAUUGAAGAAAGUCCAUGUUGAAACACUUGAAAGAGUGUAUAGAAGAACAAAGAGACCUACUAAUGCAAUGAUUAGCAGCAUUGUGCAUGUGACAAAUCUGCCUCGCAAAAGAGUGGUGAAAUGGUUUGAAGAUAAACGUAAUGAAGAUGGGGUUCCUGACCAGCGUCUUCCAUAUCAAAGGUCUGUUCCUGAAGCUGUCUCUUCCUCUUGAAAUAAUCUGUAUAUUUGUAUGGGAAAAAGAGAGCACUUAUUGAAACACAUCAUGCACUUUUCUGAACUUUGAUGCUUUUCGAAGACUAAGGUAAGGCCCAAAACAUAAGUCUACCAGGUUGAAUUUGCUGCAGAGAUGAUUUCCUACUCAUGAUGCCCCUGUUGGCUGCUGCAUAUUUUAAGUCAAAUUUGAUCAGCGCUAACUUGCUAGAUGUUUGUGACCUUUCACAAAGUUUUGAUGAUAUAUUUAAACCAAUAUCAUAAGCUUGUGAAGUGUUAUUUGCCAUUGCAUUUUAUUAUAACCGUGGAUUAUGUCUUGAUUUUGAAGGUGUUAUCUGUUAAAACUCCGAUUUUGCAUUCCAAGUAUUAAACGGUUUAA